AGAAAAUACUAGUGGCCACAAAAUUAAAAGCUUAAACCCAUAAUUCUUUUAUCUUCUUAAGCCCUAAUUCCCCUUCUCCGUCGUCUGCAUCUUCAAUUCCAGAGUUUGGCGACACAUUCAAGAAAAGGUAUUUACUUUCUCUAUCUCCCUUCUCUCGGUCGUCCGGCGUUAAACCGCCGUCACCGCCGCUUCCCGCCUUCUCCGGUCGCGCAUGUCCACUCGCCGCCUCGGAGAGCCUCCCUCCUAGCGCUGCAAGCAGCAGUACGGGACUGCACCGCCCUCGCCUAGCCUUCUCCAUCGCCCCGCCCUGCCUUCUUUGGCCUCGGCGCCUCCGUCCGGCCACUCCGCAGUAGCAGCAGUUUCCAACAGCAGCCGUGAGAAUGUCCUCCUCCACCCGGCGGAUUUUGGGUUUGGAGCAGAGAAGGAAGCAACAGAAGAUGAAGAAAAAGGAACCAAAAAUGAUUAAGGACGAGCGAUUUGCUUCAGCGCAGUCAGACCCUCGCUUCAUGGAAGCUCCGAAGAGGCAUUCCAAAGUCACAAUUGACUCUCGCUUCCAACGCAUAUUCACCGACCGCAGCUUCGUCUCCUCUCGUGCUCCCGUAGACAAGCGAGGCAGACCAAAAACUAACAACGCCUCCUCUUCAUCUCUCGCUCAUUACUACCGUCUCCAAGAAGAAAAUGACCCAGAAAUAGAUGCUGCCCAAGUCGACCAAAUUGGUAAUCCAGCUGAAAGUAAAAGUGGAUUUGAAAAUUUGAGGACCCUUGAGAAGGAUGACAACGAUGAUGAUGAUGAUGAUGAUGAUGGGCAGAGUGUGGACGAGUCUUCAUCCACCACCAGUACUACUGACUCAGAUGAUGAUAAUUAUAUGGAUUCAGGGGAAGAAGAUACCCUUAUGCUGCAGGAGAAUAAUGUACCCGAAAUCGACAGUGAAACACGAAGGCUAGCUGUUGUCAAUCUCGACUGGAGUCAAGUCAGGGCUGUUGAUUUGUAUGUCUUGUUAACUUCAUUUCUUCCUAAAGGGGGUCAAAUUUUGUCUGUAUCUGUAUAUCCAUCCGAGUUUGGACUCAAGCGCAUGGAAGAGGAGGCAGUCCGCGGACCUGUUGGAUUAUUUGAUGAUGAGGAUAAGCAUGAUGAUGUUGAUGAUGAUGAUGAUGAGAUUGACCAAAGUAAGCUACGUGCUUAUGAGUUAAGUAGGCUAAGGUAUUAUUAUGCUGUUGUAGAAUGUGAUUCAGUUGCAACGGCAGAUUAUCUUUAUAAAACUUGUGAUGGAGUAGAGUUUGAAAGAUCAGCUAAUAAGUUGGACUUGAGAUUUGUCCCAGAUUCAAUGGAUUUUAAGCAUCAGCCACGUGAUGUUGCAACUGAGGUACCGGCAGAUUAUGAAGGUUUAGAUUUUCAAACUCGAGCGCUGCAACAUAGCAACAUUCAUCUCACAUGGGAUGAAGAUGAACCACAACGAGCAAAGACCUUGAAGAGAAAACUUAAUGAUGGACAGAUAGCUGAGUUGGAACUAAAAGAGUAUUUAGCAUCUGAUGAGAGUGAAUCAGAUGAGGAUAACAAUGAAGAUGACGUUGAAGACAAGUCUGAAAAGAAGCGAGAUAAGUACCGUGCCCUAAUCCAGACAAGGGAUGGCUUUGAUGAGGAUGAAGAAGAUGAUAAUGGGCAUGACAUGGAGGUUACUUUUAGUUCUGGAUUAGAAGAAAUAAGCAAACGCAUUUCAGAAAAGAAGAAUAAGAAAUCAGAAACUGUUUGGGAGGCGUACCUCAGAAAGAGAAAAGAGAAAAAGAAUGCUUCGAAGAAAGGGCCAAAAUAUGCUUCAGAUGAUGAGAGUAGUGACACUGAUGAAGAAGCUGCAGAAGAAGCAGCAGAUGACUUUUUUGUUGAAGAUACUACUCCAGCUGAGGAAAAUAAGGGCAGUGGUGUGACAAGGAAGAGGGUGAAUAAAAGCGAAGAAGCGAGCAUAGCAGAACUGGAGUUGUUAACUGCUGAUGAUACCAAUUUAAAGGGCUACAACAUCAAACCUAAGAAGCGCAAAGGGAAUAAAGGGAAUGAUGAGGGAAAGAUACCAACAGUCGAUUAUCAAGAUCCGCGCUUUUCAGCUUUGUUUACCUCCCCACUCUAUGCUCCGGACCCAACUGAUCCUCAAUAUAAAAGGAGUGCAGCUUAUCAUCGACAGAAGCAGAACAAGUCUACUCGGACAAGGGACUAAUAAUCCCAAAGAGGAAAACAAAUUCAAAACAUACUACCACAAAAGCAUGGUUGUGUUUUGCUUUUGCUACUUUAUUGUAUUAUUAUGAAGACGCAUGCUUUUAAUUAAUUAAGAGCAUUUGUUAGAUAUAUUCUUUCUUCUAUGUACAAGUUCAACGCAUACUUGAAUGUCUGACCUUCAAUGUUUUAUUUUCAUUUAUUUGUUUGCAA